AUGGUGAAGGGACGCCAAGGAGAGCGUGUGAGACUCUAUACCAGAGGAAAAGUUCUCGAAUACAAGAGAUCGAAAUCCAAUCAGUAUCCAAACACUUCAUUGGUUCAGAUCGAGGGAGUGAACAUUAAGGAGGAAGUAGAUUGGUACUUGGGGAAAUGUAUGGCUUAUGUAUACAAGGCGAAAACAAAGAAGAAUAACUCACAUUAUCGUUGUAUUUGGGGAAAAGUUUGUAGGCCUCAUGGAAACAGUGGUGUUAUUAGAUCUAACUUCAAGUCCAAUUUGCCACCAAAGUCCAUGGGAGCUAAGGUUAGAGUUUUCAUGUACCCAAGCAACAUAUAAGCAAGGUACCAAGUCAAUGCAUA